CGAGAUACACCAGCCCCACCUUCACACCCAGCGACAGUCAUCAGCACAAAAACCCCACCCAGCGACAGUCACUAGCACCACCUCACCACCCAGCGACAGACACUAGAACCACCUCUCCACCGAGCGAAAAUCACCAGCACCCCCUCCACCCAGCCAAAGUCCCCAGCCCCACCUUCACACCCAGCGACAGGCACCAGCACAACAACCCCACCCAGCGACAGUCAUCAACCCCACCUCCCCACCCAGCGACAGUCACUAGCACCACCCCCCCACCCAGCGACAGUCACCAGCACUACCUCUCCACCAAGCGACAGUCACCAGCACCCCCCUCCAUCCAGCGAAAGUCACCAGCACCACCUCUCCACCCAGCGACAGUUACCAAUCCCAUCUCCCCAACCAGCGAGAUAAACCAGCCCCACCUUCACACCCAGCGACAGCCACCAGCACAACAACCCCACCCAGCGACAGUCACCAGCACAACGACCCCACCCAGCGACAGUCAUCAGCCCCACCUCCCCACCCAGCGACAGUCCCCAGCACCACCUCUCCAUCCAGCGACAGUUACCAAUCCCAUCUCCCCAACCAGCGAGAUACACCAGCCCCACCUUCACACCCACCAAGCGACAGUCAACAGCACCACCUCUCCACCCAGCGACAGUCACCAGUACCACCUCCACCCAGCGAAAGUCACCAGCCCCCCCUUCACACCCAGCGACAGUCACCAGCACAACAAUCCCACCCAGCGACAGUCAUCAGCCCCACCUCCCCACCCAGCGACAGUCCCCAGCCCCCCCUCCACCCAGCGAAAGUCACCAGCCCCCCCUUCACACCCAGCGACAGUCCCCAGCACAACAACCCCACCCAGCGACAGUCACCAGCCCUCCCUCCCCCCCAAGCGACAGUCACCAGCACCCCCCUCCAUCCAGCGAAAGUCACCAGCACCACCUCUCCACCCAGCGACAGUUACCAAUCCCAUCUCCCCAACCAGCGAGAUACCCCAGCCCCACCUUCACACCCAGCGACAGUCCCCAGCACCACCCCCACCCAGCGAAAGUCACCAGCACCACCUCCCCACCCAGCGACAGUCACUAGAACCACCUCUCCACCGAGCGACAAUCACCAGCACCCCCUCCACCCAGCGAAAGUCACCAGCCCCACCUUCACACCCAGCGACA